AUGUUUUCUGCCAGCUUGGAAAUGGGGACUAUAUUCCUCAUUCAGACAGGAAUUGGCCUCAUGGGAAAUAUCUCCCUCUUUUGUCUUUAUAACUUCACUUUGCUCACUGGACAUAAUUUGAGGCCCAUCGACCCAAUCCUCAUGCAACUGGUCAUCGCCAAUGCCACAGUUCUUUUCUCUAAAGGCAUACCACAGACACUGGCAGCUUUCGGAUGGAGGUAUUUCCUGGAUGACACUGGAUGUAAACUUGUCUUCUAUAUCCACAGAGUAGCCACGGGAGUUUCCUUUAGCACCAUCUGCCUCUUCAAUGGCUUCCAGGCCAUUAAGCUCAAGCCCAGUAUCUGGAGGUGGAUGGAACUCCAGAUGAGAGCUCUAAGAUUCAUUGCCUUCUGCUGUUUCCUCGGCUGGAUUGUGCAUAUCUUGAUAAGUUCAUGUAUUCUUCUCAUAGUAAAGGGUCCACUGAAUGAGAAGAACUUCAGUACGAGAAAUAAUUAUGGAUACUGUUCUUGGUACAUGAUACAGGGCUCUGUAGGCUCAUUAUACACAGUCAUGUAUUUCUCCCUUGAUAUUACAAGUUUAGGCUUUAUGGUUUGGGCCAGUAGCACUAUAGUUCUUUUCCUGUGCAGACACAAGCAGCGAGUGCAACACAUUUGCAGCAACCGACUCUCCCCCAGACCUCCUCGUGAGGUCAGAGCCACACGCACUGUCCUGAUCCUGGUAAGCUCCUUUGUUACAUUCUAUGCAAUCUACAUUGCUUUGACAAUUCGGAUGACUCUAGUUGCAAACCGAGGGCGGUGGAUGGUGAACAUCUCUGUCCUUUUGGCCACGUUUUCCAGCAUUCAGCCCCUUUGUGCUCAUUAUCAAGGACACUCGUAUCUCUCAGUUCUGUUUUGCCUGUAG